AGUUUUCUCGGGCAGUUGCAGACAAUCUGUCUAUGGUGGAAAUGGAGAACGUAUGAAGAGAGUACAUUUCAAUACCCAUUUAACACACCACAUUAUAUCUGCCUCUAAACAACUACUUUGAAAAGCCACAUCACCUUCAAAUGCAAUGUAAAAUAUGGGAAUUAAAACCGCAGGAACUGAACACAAGCUGCAUUAUUGGACUCAUCUCGUUACCUGGCAAGUCUUGUUACCUGUCAACUGAAAACAACUGUUUGGACUAGUUUUUGGCCUCCUGGUCACCAAGUCUGUCGAUGUUGAUCACCCAGGAAGAGGUUUAAAGAUUCUGCUGGAUUUCAACUUACCUGCAGUACAUGUAGUGGAGAAGAAAACAUCAGACUUCUACAAGCCAGAGAGAACUGUUCCAGUAUUGUCUCAUUUUGGGCUUGAUUUGAAUACCUGGCUAUCCAGACCAAGUACAGUCAUGCACCUAGAGGUAAAGGUAGCUCUGAAUUUCAUUGUGUCCUACCUGUACAACAAACUGCCCCGACGUCGUGCUGACCUCUUCGGGGAGGAGUUGGAGCAGAUACUGUUGUCGCACUAUGAAGGCCACUGGUACCCUGAAGCUCCUCUGCGGGGCUCUGCCUUCCGCUGCUUGCACCUAGGGGCCCCCAGUGACCCAGUGGUGGAGCUAGCUGCCAGGAGAAGUGGACUGGACACAGAGGAAGUGCGUGCCAAUGUCCCCCCUGAGCUGAGUGUGUGGAUUGACCCCUAUGAAGUGUCCUACCAAAUCGGGGAGAAGGGAGCCAUUAAGGUCCUGUACUUGGAGGAUCCAUCCGGCUUAGGUGGAGAAGGCGAAAUGGUGGAAGUAGUAAGUGGAGUGAGUAAAGGGGACAUGGAGGUAGAGGAGGCCAAGAGCUUAGGGUUCAACCCUGAGGCCCAGGUGUUUGUUCCAAUUGGAGCCCAGAUAUCUCCAGUUCUGCUUCCUUCCCUCUCCAGCACACCCGCACCCCUCUCGGCCUCAUCCUGCCCAGUGAUUUUCAGCUAUCCCAGCUCCAGCACACCCACGAACCCAACUGCCCACUCCUCUAACACAUCCACACCUUCCCCUCCAAGUGCGGGACUCCCUUACCCCCCCUCUCAGCAGCCAACGGCUGCCCUGCCCAGCACCCGUCCACCGCUGCAGCCCAUCACCUUCACCACGGCCAGUUUCGCCGCAACAAAAUUUGGUUCCACCAAGAUGAAGAAGUGUGGCGGUUCCGGAUCGGCUGGCGGCUCGGGUGUAGGUGUGCCCCCGCCACAGAGGAUGCUCGCCCGUUCCCCCACCAACAUCUCUCCCCCAGGGCUGCUGAAACACAAGCCCCUCUCAGUCUCCCUGCACUCCCUGGGGGCUCAGAUCCCCAGCCAGCUCUCCCCUAAUGCCAAAGAGUUUGUUUACCCGGCAUCCCCAGGGACCCUAUACUUUGACAACGAUGCUCCGCUCAUACUUUCACACUCAAGCCCCUUCCAGCUCCCUCACCCUGCCCACUCCCACCCCUCAUUUGACCCAUUCUCCAGCCCCCCACCUGGUCCAGCUGUUGGUGCCAUUGGUGGUAGCGGUGGGAUUUCUUACAUGGAGAAGCCCUCAUUUGUGGAAGGUAUAGGGGGCUAUAACCUGCAAUAUCCCAGCCAGGCCUUCCAGCCGGUGGUGCUGGCCAACUAAGCCUUUCUUAUGAGUAUUUCUGUUGCAGCAGUAGGGCAGUAAUGCUCAAGUAUUUUUGGGGAAAAUUGUUCUUACUGAUACUACAUUGUAUAAUUUUUUUAUUACUACUACAACAUCUACUAUAUGUUUCAAUAUGAUUAUUUCCAUAUCAUUUAAUAUUCCGUUUUUUUGUUGUGGAUUUUGAUUUCAGUUUCUCUAACCAGAGGAGUAACCAGCCCUCUUAUUGCACAGAUGUUUUCAUUGAAUGUUCAGCAGAGUAAAAUGCCCUUCAGCUUUGGUCUAUUGACAGCAGUAUGAUAGUUAUAUUUUGCACUCCACUGUCACGCUGUGAAAAAGGACCAAUGUCCUGUAAGAUGGCUUUGGAAAGCUUAGCGCUUUGCAAUUUGCUCUGCCUUAGUUAUCAAAAAUGCACAGAGGGGUUUGUGUGGGUUUGGUGAGGUCUUAUUCAUGCUAACAAGUGUUUAAUGUGCUCUUCUGUGGCUUAUGGUCAUUGUGAAUAUAGUGGGCCUGUUACUAGAGCCUUGAAACAUAUCACACACCAUGUCUGAAUCAGUUUGGUGCAAGGGAUCAGUAUUGGCCAUUCAUCAGCUCUGAAAUGUGUUCAUGGACAUGCUAAGAAAGGGAGCCUGUGUGUAGUGUCUUGGCAAUAGGGGGGGGGGGGUUAAUGUGCAGGGUAUGAGGAAAUGGAUCUGUCAUGACAGGAAGAAUUACUGCCAGGGAGGUCAGCGAACCUUGGUGAAAGUGAGGCAAGAUGAUCUUUGUCUUCGGAUAUGACUACUAAUCUCCCACACACGCACAGGCACAGAAUCUGUCAGCAGUGUGUGAAGGUGAACGGGCGUUGUUGGAGGGGAAUAGGAUGCUGCUAAGCAAUGGGGAUUGUGAUGAAUGGCUUAGCGGGACUUUGACUAUGAAGGAGAGGCCUUACUCUGCAGGGAAAAGAGGACUGGGAGGGAGUUAGGAGAGGGGAAAUGGAUGGCAAGGCAGGGGCAUCGAUGACGUUUUAACACCUUUUGGCAUCUUGGGUGCAAUGGCUUUAGACUGACACUUCAAAACCCGGAGCACAUUUCUGUAGAACUUUAGUGGCGUUGCAGCCGAAGGCCCACGCUAGGUCCCCUGCUCUUUAAUCCCUUAAUUAUCUCUGUUCCAGUUGCUGCUCCAGUGGGAGACCAGCAUCGUAUAAUGAGAUGUUUUCCUUGUCAAUUUCCAGGACUAUGAAUGUUAACUAAACCUGUGUUUUUGUCACUUUAUGAUGCCAUGUCAGAUCAUUCUCAUAUUGAUGGUGGUGAUACCCUGACUCCAUAUAGGUAAUCGAGGGGGCAGUAAUUGUCCCCGGGGUUCAGGCAGCCUCCUAACCUCACCUUUCCUUUUGAGCCAUCCAGCACUUCAUAUUAUUGGGCUAUAGAUGUCAUGUGACCCCCCCCCCCCUUACCAUGAUGUUACAGCUGCAUCUGCUAAGAAAUGUUAUUUCUGUUCCAUGAGAUUUGGAUAGCAGGGGGAGUGUCCCUAGCCAUCAUCUGAAUGUUUUCUAGAUUGUGCCCAUAAACAUAUGUGUAUAAGCUAACAUAAAUACUCUUAACUUGUGCUCACACUGGUAAUUGCUGUGAUAGUCGGUCAUAUGCGUGUUAUUCGAACUGUUUAUUUUUCUUUGCGUCC